GUCAACAUCAUUCAAACGCUCGGUAGGCCUAGUGGAAACUUCAACACGGCACAUGGUGGUGGGAAUGGAUAUACUGUUCGAAUUUCCUUUAUGUGUGCAGUGCAAAUUAAUAGAUUAAGUAAGAGUGCAACUACAAAGUGAUUAAAGAAGGCUUUCAGCCAGCAAUGCAGGCGAAGCUACCGUCUGCUUUUUUCUUCUUGGUGGUUUUGAUAUGGGUAACUGCCGUCACAUACACUAGAGGUGAUGUAGACUGUCCAGCCAGUGCGGGUUUCUGGACCUGUCACGACGGAAUCGAGGAAAUCCACAGCUGCUGGAAAUGUGAUGGCCAUCAAGACUGUGAUGAUGGCUCAGACGAGUCCGACUCAGAGUGUGUCACAACUUCAAGAAGAAGGAGGUCAACUGAUAAUACCCCCUUCGAAACCCUAUCACCUUAUGUAAGUUGCAAUCCAAACUAUGAGCGGUGUCCCGGGGAAGAAGUGUGCAUUCCACUUUCAAAGUUCUGUGAUAAAAAGAAAGAUUGUUAUCUGGGAGGUGAUGAAAGUAGUUGUAAUGUUACCUUCCGUACAAGCUGUGAUACAUUAAAAUGUACAGACAACUGCACAAAAACUAUUGCUGGACCAAAGUGCUACUGCGAUUCUGACAAAUUCACGAAGGUGUCGGAACAAAACAACACUUGUAUUAAGUAUAACCCUUGUGACUACCACGAAGGAAUCUGUGAUCAGAAAUGUUCCUUCAAUGAUACCACCAACAAAGUCACAUGUUCCUGUGUCAGUGGAUAUGGGUCAGAUGGCAACCAAUGUUUUCCUUUAGAUGGAGCAUUGACGGGGAAGACAUAUUUCUGGGUGGCUGCCUCCAAGGUCUUGUUACAGUUUCGGUUAGACGAUGUCUUAAACUCUACCCUCAGACUCAAUCACAGCUCACCAGAGGCCAACUACAUCAGGACUGUAGAUUUUGACCACAGAAAACAACUCGUGUGUUGGAUAAUGUAUAGACCUUCACCAAUAGACAAGUCUACAAUGAAAUGUAUGAACCAAACUACCCAAAAAAUUAUGGAAAUUCCAACAGAAGUAUCACUCGAGACUAUCGGCAGUAUGGCCUACGACUGGAUAAAUGAGAACUGGUACUUUCUGGAUGUGUCGAACAACAGGAUCAUCCUCUGUAACUCAGAUGGCCAGAAAUGUGUCGGAAUAGUCGACUUUGGGAACAACCUUGUUCCACAAACACUCGUACUGGAACCAAACUUGGGUCUGAUGUUCUACACGGUGAAAUCUAAGACUAUGGGUUGGAGCAUCUGUCAGGCUCACCUAGAUGGCUCAAACAGUAGUACUUUAGUGGACAAAAUUGAGGAAUUGUUCAGUCCUCAUGGUUUAACCAUAGACUUUGCCAAUCAACAGCUGUACUGGGUGGACCAUAUCAAAGACACUAUUGAGCGAAUCAACAUCAAUGGCGGAGCCAUUAACAGAAAUACCAUUACUAGGUUAAAGACCAGUAUCAAUAGAGGCAUUUCCAUUUUGGGUAACUAUAUUUAUGUGACUAGCAAUGAUGAAGACGUAAAGAUGAGCCAGAUUCAUCGCUGGAAUCGAUCAGUCAGUGCUGUGGAGUACAAGCAUAUUAACUUGCCAGACCCCUAUCAGCUUCAGAUCUACCAUCCAUUGCGACAGCCAAUCAAUCCUGAUGUCAAUGCCUCACUGUGCAGUUCACUGGGAUGUAGUCAUCUGUGUGUGACUGUGCCGACCAGCACGGGCCUAAAACCGAAAUGUCUGUGUGAAGCAGGCUACCAGUUAGAGGAGGACCAGAAAAGUUGUAAAGUGCGUACAGAAUGCAGUGAGUGUAAAAAUGGAAAUUGUCCAAACAUCAGUUAUCAAGAAUGCGACAUAAGUUCGGUGUGUGCGGUUGGAUUCCGGAGAUGUCCGCUGAGUGAGUGCCUGAUCUCCAGCUGGUGGUGUGACACGGAGCCGGACUGCAGUGACGGGGCCGAUGAAAACUUCUGUGAUACCAAAGCGGAGAGGACCUGUUCAGAAGUGACACAGUUUCAGUGUGUGAGGAGUGGGGAGUGCAUAGAUCGGGAGUUCCAGUGUAAUGCUGUGAAGGACUGUGAAGACGGGUCUGAUGAGGAUGGAUGUGAGGUGUAUUGCAGUGACAUGAAGACUCAUUACAAGUGUGACAGCAACAGUAAAUGUCUCCUGAACAGCACCAUCUGUGACGGCAAGCCAGACUGUCUGGACGGGACUGAUGAACGGAACUGUGAAGACUGUAAAGGAGGGUUCAAGUGUAGUGAGUCUGGAGAGUGUAUCCCCCUGAGGUGGAAGUGUGACUUGGAGCAGGACUGUGAGGAUGGCAGUGACGAAUAUGGCUGCCAGCCUGCGAGAAACUGUACUUCUGAUGAGUUCCAGUGUGAUGGGGAUUCCUGUAUCUUAAAAAGCUGGAGGUGUGACAAAGAACACGACUGCAAAGACGGAACAGACGAGGCCAACUGCACCUAUUCUACCUGUAACUUCCCCAAUAUUACCUGUGGUCCCCAUGAUGAUGUCAGAUGUAUCAGCCCUGAUAAGAUGUGUGAUGGCAACGACGACUGCUCUGAUAAAAGCGAUGAAAAUGGAUGUAAUCCAGUUAAUGUGAGCUGUAGGAACCACAGCUGUUCUGACGUCUGUCGCCCCGCCCCUCCUGGACUCGUGAAGCAACCCUACAUCUGUCUGUGCAAUGAGAGCAGAGAUCUAAGCAGGGACAACAGAACUUGUCAACCAACAAAUAUUUGUCAAUCAUGGGGAAUUUGCCAACAGACGUGUGAGAAGCUGCCUCAAGGUCAUAAAUGUGGAUGCCAUGAGGGGUUUCACUUGGAGCCAGAUGGAUUUACCUGUAGACCACUCGACCCUGAACCGGAGUAUUUGAUCUUCUCUAACCGCCAUGAAAUGCGCAGUGUGGACCUGUCCAAUCACAAUUAUGCCGCCCUGGUAUCGGGACUACACAACACAGUGGCCCUAGAUUUCUAUUACAAUAAAAGCUUCAUCUUCUGGACAGAUGUGGCAGAUGACAAAAUCUUCCGAGGAAAACUCCAAGGAAAUGCUCUGACUGACAUUGAGCCUAUAGUGGACAUUGGAUUGGCCACCACUGAGGGUUUGGCUGUUGACUGGAUCGGGGAGAAGAUCUACUGGGUGGAGAGUAAACUGUACCAGAUAGAGGUAGCGGGGAUCAACGGCCAGAACCGCACCACUCUCAUUGCAGGAAACAUGGUCAGUCCCAGGGCCAUUGUGCUGGACCCUAGAUAUGGGUCUCUGUUUUGGACAGACUGGGAUACAAAAAAUCCUCGCAUUGAGACCUGCUCCAUGGCUGGGGAGAACAGACACAUCAUAUUUCACAUCAGAGGUAUUGUGGAAGGUGGCUGGCCUAAUGGACUUACUGUGGACUACGACUUUGAAAGACUUUACUGGAUCGAUGCAAGGUCGGACUCGCUGCACACUAUAACCUACGAGGGGCAGGACCAUCGCCUGGUUCUCCUGGACAAGGAGAACAUCAGACACCCAUUUGCUCUGACCAUGUUUGGCAGCUAUGUAUACUGGACAGACUGGGGAAUCAAUGCUAUUGUCUCGGCAAACAAGUUUGAUGGUUCAAAUGUAACAGUCAUCAAAAGAACCAAUACUCAGCCAUUUGACAUCCAAGUUUAUCACCCAAAGAGACAGCUGCCAUGGCGUAACCCUUGUGCUGUUAAUAACGGGAACUGUUCACACUUGUGUCUGAUCAGUUACAACAACACAGUGGGCUGUGUGUGUCCCCAUCUAAUGGAACUGGCCGCUGAUGGAAAAACCUGCAAACCGGAUCAGAGUUUCUUGGUGUUUGUUCGACGGAUUGAGAUCCGCGGAGUGGAUCUGGAGAAUGCCAAUUUCAGUGUGAUUCCCACUCUGACCACCCCGUAUGUGAGUAAGCCUGUAGCUGUGGACUACGACAUCAGUGACGAGAAGGAGGGCUAUCUCUUCUGGGCUGACCAAGACCUGAAAGUCAUCAACAGGUCUCCAUUAUCGGGAUUAGAGGUCAAAACUGUCAUUGAUGCAGGGAGAGCACUGAGUCUGCAUGCCUUCGCGGUGGACUGGAUCUCCAAAAACAUGUACUUCUCCACGUACAACGAGAAGACGCGGCGGGGCUCCAUCACUGUGGCCAAUCUGGACGGGGCUUACAGGAAGGAGCUGUACGUCAGGAACGAGACCCGGGUUCAAUCUAUCACCGUCAGUCCAGUGACCGGGAGGCUUUUUUUCUCUGUUUCCAAUGAAGAUGUCAUUUAUAGUGCAAAAAUGGAUGGCUCUGGAGUACAAGUUAUUAGAUCGGAUGCUAACAGACCAACAAAUUUAAAGUAUAAUGAGGCAGAUAGCCGGAUAUAUUUUCUCUCGGAAGGAAAUAAUUCAAUAAUCGCUUGUGAAAUUUCAACCCAGAAUUGUACAGACAUCUACAGUGGUACUAAUAACCAAUCUCAGAUUCAGUUUCCUAUGGCAUUUGCGGUAAAUGGAGCUAAAGACAUCUUUGUUGCUCAUGACCAAAAAAUUGCAAAGCUUAGUCUUCAGCAGGAUGGGACUUACAGCCACUCGGUGUUACGGGAUAAAACUGUUGAUGUCAUAGCCAUGGCUGUCUAUGACAAAUCACAAAGAGUUAACGAUACCAAUGCAUGCAAAACCAAGAAUGGCCAAUGCUCUCAGCUCUGUCUGCCAACAGGACAAAAUCAGCGUGUCUGUGUCUGCACUGCAGGAUAUGAGCGUAAAAACGAGACCUACUGUGCAGGAAUUAAUUCUCUUUUGAUAUACUCGGCUGACUCGGAGAUCCGGGGAAUCACUUAUAACCCUAACAACAGCACACAGGCUCUGCCCUUCAUCUCACAGAUCCAGAAGGCCACCGUCAUUGACUUCCAUGCAGCACAAGACUAUAUAUACUGGGUGGAAACAACACCUAACUACAGAAUAGUGCGAAUAAAGAGGGACCUGACAGGGCAUGAAGUGAUCCUGUCUGAUGAACAAGGCAGAAUCACUGACAUUGCUGUGGACUGGAUAGCAGGUCAUUUGUAUUGGACUGAUGCACAAAGAAAAGUAAUUGAGUUGAUUCAGCUUGAGAAAAAGGAGUCGGAAAAAGAGAGAAAAAGAUACGUGGUAAUUCACAGAGAUUUGCUGAACCCACAGAAUAUUGUCCUCAGUCCCAAAGAAGGCACCAUGAUAUGGGUGGACAGUGGCAGUAUGACAAUAGAGCAGGCCUCCUUGGACGGAACAGACCGGAAAGUCCUGCUGAAGCUGACCACUUCCAACGUGUCCGGACUGUCCCUAGACCACACCAACAGGAAGAUGCUGUACUGGUGUGAGAGGGAGAGCCGCAGCAUCCGCCGCCUCAACAUAGAGACCAAGGACCUGAAGACCGUGUCCACCGCAGCCGACUGCUACUCACUCACUGUGUUCAAGACCAAGAUGUACUGGAUCGAUGUACCUCUGUCAAGUUCAGAAGCCAGCAUUUUGAGUAUGUCAAAGGAAGGAGGUACACCUACAGUGAUUCAGUCCAAGCUUCCCAAGAACCUGAUCAGCAUCAAAGUGUUUGACAGAGAGGUUCAGACAGGAAACAACUCGUGUACUCACUUAAAUGGUGGCUGUGCAGAGAUCUGCUUGUUUAACAGUCAGAACAAAGUAACAUGUGCCUGUACCUAUGGAAAACUGGACACCGACAACAAGAACUGUAUAGAUCACGACAGCUACCUGCUGUUCUCCAAAGUGACAGCCAUUCAGAGCUUACACAUGACGGGAAACAGGAACAAACCGGCGGAGGAAAUCCAGAGCAAGACCCAGAUCCGCAACGUGAUCGCCAUAGCUGCCGACUACAAACAACAGAGGGUAUUCUUCAGUGACAUCCAGCAAUCCAACAUCCAGUCGGUGUGGAUCAACGGAUCGUCCUUCUCCAACAUCACCACAGUCGUGCCAUCCAUUGGUUCAGUGGAGGGUCUAGCCUUUGAUUCGGUAAACAGCACACUAUAUUGGACCAGCUACUCCAACUCGUCUAUCAAUCGGAUUAAGGUCAAUGCCAGCACUGGGGAGGCAGCAGGGAAACCCCAGAAGCUUGUUCAGCUGUCUACCAGUGACCACCCUAGAGCCAUUGUAGUGGACAGCUGCACUCAGCGCAUGUUUUGGUCCAACUGGCACAGUAGCCAGCCAGGGAUACAGCGAGCCUAUUUUAGCGGUUUCAGCGCUCAGUUCAUAGUGAAGACUGACAUCAGUACCCCAAAUGGACUGGCCAUAGACCACAAGGAACAGUUCCUAUACUGGAUAGAUGCUCGUCUGGAUAGGAUUGAAAGAUGUGAUUUUGACGGAAAUCAUAGAGCGGUGGUGAUGACCUCCAUCCCCCAGCAUCCCUUUGGACUGGCGCUGUACGAGGACUACCUGUAUUGGACGGACUGGCUGCUGCAUGCCGUGGUCCGAGUCAACAAGUACGACAGCAGCGACUACACAUACCUGGAGCAGAACCUCAACAGACAGCCAAUGGGAAUCGCUGUCUUUGCUGAGGAUGCCAAUGAUUGUACACAGAAUCCUUGCCUGAAUGCUGGAUGUACUCAGCAAUGUCUCGUCGUCAAUAAGCAGGCUGUGUGUAAAUGUAACGACUCCUUUGUCUUGCUGCCUGAUGGUGUACGGUGUGCAAGUGAAACCGUUCGCAAUUGCUCUAACUUGGAAUUCCUUUGUCAUGAUGGCUCAAAAUGUAUUCCAAUGGUACAGACUUGUAACAAAAUCCAUGACUGUGAAGAUAAAAGUGAUGAACUUGAAAAAGUUUGCAACCAUACACAUUGUGGAACCCAAUUCUUCACCUGUGCCAAUUAUCAGUGUAUUCCAUGGGGAAAGCACUGCGACAGGCAGAGAGACUGUUUGGAUGGCUCAGACGAGCGAGACUGUCCCUGUGACAAGGACUCGGAGUUCCAGUGUCGUAACAACCAGUGUAUCAACAAGCAGCACCACUGUGAUCAGGAGAGUGAUUGUGAUGACCAUUCAGAUGAAGUGGGAUGCAAUGUGGAUUGUUCCCUGAUCUACAGAGAUGACGCUUAUCACUGGGUGUCCUGUAAUACCACAUCUACCUGUAUCAUGCAGUCCUGGAUUUGUGACGGAAAGCCGGAUUGUGAAGAUAAUAUUGACGAAAAGGACUGUCAUCCAACAAAUCACAGCAACAAUCACUGUGAGGAGGAGGGCAUGUUCAAGUGUAAGAAAGGAGACAGCUGUAUCCCAAUGGACUGGAAGUGUGACUUUGACAAUGACUGCCUGGACAAGUCAGAUGAACUGAAUUGUGAUGAGAAGUGUGAGGGCGGUAUGACAAUGUGUCUGGAUGGUACCUGUAUUCCUCAGACCUGGGAGUGUGACGGCCAUAACGACUGUAUAAACGGCACUGACGAGGCUUUGGAUACCUGCAAUCACAAUCGCACCUGUAAAUCUACCGAGUUUAUGUGUCCCUCCAACUUCCGGUGUAUCCCCAAGGUGUGGCUGUGUGAUGGGGAUGCCGACUGUCCCAAAAACGAGGAUGAGGAUGUUGCCCAGGGAUGUCAGUCACUGGGAUGCAAUAAGGAUGAGUAUCAGUGUCAGAAUGGACUCUGCAUCAAGAGCAUUUUCUACUGCGACUCGGACAAUGACUGCAAAGAUAACAGUGAUGAACCUCCAGACUGCUCAAGGGGAUGUAGACCAGGAGAAUUCAAAUGUACACACCAUCUUAAUUGCAUCAACAACUCGAAGUUGUGCGAUGGAUUUCCCGACUGUUAUGAUCAUUCCGACGAAGAUGCAGAGAAGUGUGAUUCAAAGCCACCAAACAACUGCCAGUUUAGGUGUGGUAAUGGAAGCUGUAUAAACGAGAGUCAGGUCUGUGACGGCCAUGAUGACUGCGGGGACAAUACUGAUGAGGCAUCCAACUGUAAUGUUAAUGAAUGCACACUAAUGGAAUUAGAUAAGGGAAAAGCCAUAAAAAAUAACGGCACAUAUUACAAGGAAUGUCAACAUGACUGCACAGAGAAAAAGAUCGGCUAUGAAUGUGUGUGCAAUGAAGGCUAUGAACUGGCUCCAGAUAAACACAGCUGUACAGAUGUGGAUGAAUGCAAGACUCUUUAUCCCUGCUCCCACUUCUGUAUCAACACUAUUGGAAGCUACCGCUGUGAGUGUGCUAAAGGCUUUCACUUAGUGGAUGGGAAGAAUUGCCAGGUCACCGGCUCGGUGAAGCCCUAUUUGAUUCUGGCCAAUGGAUUUUAUUUGCGAAACAUCAGCUUCCUUGGUCACCAGUCUCUGGUGCUGAAUGACCUUAACAAUGCAGUGGCCAUUGACUUUGACUACCAAGAGGAGAUGAUUUACUGGUCAGAGAUCACGAACUCAAUGAGCAAAAUCAGCCGUCUCAAUCUGACUGAUCACAAAGUGUCCGUUAUACAUAACACCACACUGAGAAACCCAGAUGGAAUUGCUGUGGAUUGGAUCGGCAGAAAUAUUUACUGGUGUGACAAGACCAAGGACACCAUAGAGGUGUCCAAGCUUAAUGGCUGGUACAGGAAGGUUCUCAUCAGUAAUGAGCUCCAGGAACCCAGGGCUUUGGAAGUUUAUCCAGGAAAGGGACUGAUGUUCUUCACUGACUGGGGGAACAGUGCUCACAUUUCCUCUGCCCACAUGGAUGGUACGAAUGUCAAGAGGAUAGUGACCACCGACCUAUCAUGGCCGAACGCCCUCACCAUCGACUAUGUCACAGAUAAGCUCUUCUGGGCUGAUGCGUACUUUGACUACAUUGCUAUGGCUGAUCUUGAUGGCAGCAAUAGGCAUAUUGUCAUAGAUUCCCAAGUUCCUCACGUAUUUGACAUGACAACAUUUAUGGAUCAGCUGUUCUGGACAGACUGGGAGAAAAUGAAGGUGGAGUCUGCCCACAAAUUCUCUGGAAUCAACCGCAGACCUGUGGCAACAUUGAUUCAUCGUCCCAUGGGAAUUCAUGUGUAUCAUCAAAUGAAACAGACAGCUGCAAAGGGAGAGAGCCCUUGCCAUAAUAAUGGAGGAUGUCAGCAUCUGUGUUUACUGAAGCCGUCAGACUCUGGUGGUCUGACUAGAGUCUGUGCCUGUCCGGAAAACCAUGACCUUGCCAGUGAUAACCGCACCUGUAUAAUGAACUGUGAAAGUUCACAGUUUUACUGUAAAAAGAGUUCCAAGUGCAUUCCUUUCUGGUGGCAGUGUGACGGAGUAUAUGACUGUGAGGAUGGCUCUGAUGAACCAGCGGACUGUGAUGAGUACCCUUGCUCUGUGCCUGGAGAGUUUAAGUGUAGACACAAUGGCAGCAAUGAGACUGACUGUGUGAAUCCAGUGGAGAUCUGUGAUGGAACUCCUCAGUGUAGCAAUAAAUGGGACGAAGAUCCAUUCGUCUGUCUCAAUUUCACCUGUCUCCCUGGCUUCACUAAGUGUGUUAACGAGUCUAAGUGUAUUCCAUCGGCCGACCUGUGUGAGGACCCCAACUGUAAUCCAGUCUUCUACAAAAAUAACUGUUCCAACAAAGAUUGUGAUUCCAACAUGCACAAAUGUGACAAUGGAAAGUGCAUUCCGUACGUGUGGUGGUGUGAUGGGGACCCCGACUGCCAUGAUGGCUCAGAUGAGAAAAAGACUUGUUCCUUGCAGGACUGUAAGAAAGGCUACAUCAAGUGUAACACGACCGGCCGCUGCUACCCCGAGUCCUGGCAGUGUGACGGAGACGCGGACUGCGGGACUGACGGAUCCGACGAAAGUCCCGAAGUCUGUAACAAGAAAUGUGAAAAUGGCACCCAGUGGCAGUGUGCAAGUGGACAGUGCAUCUCCAAGGUCUGGCGCUGUGACUUUGACAAAGACUGCCAUGAUGGAUCCGACGAAAAAGAUUGUCAAACAGGUGAUUAUCGUGAGUGUUCUGAGGCAGAGUUUCGCUGUAACAACAGUCGCUGUAUUCACAAGUCGUUCCUGUGUGACGGGGAGUAUAACUGUGAGGAUAGCAGCGACGAAGCCAACUGUAAAACAACCCAUCAUUGUGAAUCAGAAACAGAGUUUUCCUGUAACACGAUGUGUAUACAGAAGUCAUGGCGCUGUGACAGAGAGAUCGACUGUCCGACCGGGGAGGACGAGAUCAACUGUGCUGAUGAAAAAUGUGACGGUGGCUUUAAGUGUACGACAGGUCCCUGUCUGCCCUCCUACUGGCAGUGUGACGGAGACAGCGACUGUCCCGAUGGCUCGGACGAGAACCGGACUCACUGUAGGGAUUUCCGAUGUGGAGCAGAACGCUUCAAGUGUAGAAAUUACAACUGUAUAUUUGAAAGCCAACUCUGUGAUGGCAUAGACGACUGUGGUGAUGGAUCAGAUGAAAUUUCUUGUUUCAAGCCUAAUAGAUGCUCUCAUGACGAGUACACUUGUAAUAAAACCUCCGAUUGUAUUCCCAUGUCCAAAGUGUGUAACGGAGAGAGGGACUGUAUGACUGCAGACGACGAAUCACAAGCUUUAUGCUCUCACACAACAAGGUGUGUUAGAAGUCCAUGUCAACACAUGUGUACUAACUACAGCAGCAUUAAUCGGUUCAAGUGUUCCUGUAAAAGUGGCUACACUCUGGAUCAAAACGGCUUCUCUUGUAACGAAACUGAUGCUUGUCAAAUUUGGGGCACCUGCCCACAACAGUGCCAAUCGGUGCUCUCGGAGCAGAUGAAAAGACCAAAGUGUUCAUGCAGUGUGAAUUACACUUCUGGUUACCUUAUGAAUACAAACAUUCACACCUGCUAUGCUAAAGGACUCAAACCAGACAUUCUCCUGGCUCAUGAAACAGAGAUCAUCAAAGCUGGCGUGGGGAAAGGAGGAGGGGAAAAGCCACUCAAUAUCAAUGAGAAUUCUGUUGAUAAAAUCAUUUCUAUGGAUGUGGAUGCUACUGAUCCCAAUGGGAAUUUCCUGUUGUUCACACUGCAGACCUCUCCUGGAAACAGCUCCAUUCUGUAUAGUUAUGAAAUUAACAAACCCUCUAACAGAAAGAAAAGACAGACCAGGCAAAAGGUGAUUUCCGAGCUGGCUGAGCCGAGGGGUGUAGCGGUAGACUGGGUGGGGAAACACAUCUACUGGACGGAUGCCCAAACCCACAAGAUUCAGAUGGCUACAUACAACGGGGUUAGAACUAGGACGGUUGUAGACAGACAUUUAGAUCAGCCCCAUUCCAUCGCUGUACAUCCCGAACUUGGCAAAAUAUACUGGACUGAUCGAGGCUCCAUGCCUAAGAUUGAGAGUGCUAAUCUGGAUGGAUCUGGCCGCAAGGUGCUUGUGAAUGAGGACAUAAUUUGGCCCAAUGGUAUUGCCAUUGAUUAUCCUAACAGUAGGAUUUACUGGGUGGACACCAAGAAACAGACGAUAGAGACUUCCGACAUGGAGGGACAGGAUAGACAUGUUGUUAGGCAGUUUGACAAAACCAUCAAGGAUCCACCAUACAUGAUUGACGUAUUUGAAGACUUCCUCUACAUCACAUUCUACAAGAGUCACAAUGUGUCUGUGAUCCACAAAUUCAAUAACACUCAGGUCAAAGACAGGGUCUUGUUUAAGAAUAUGAAGUACAUCGGAGACAUAGUCAUCCUACAUCCCAGCAAGCAGAAGGCAGUCAAGCAUAACUGUACAAGCUCGAGUUGUAUUCGUGGCUGGUGUGUAAACAUGCCAACCUCCAAAGAUGGCCACAAGUGUGUGUGUAACGACGACUCCUACUACGACGAGACUCAGAAGGAGUGUAUCUUCUAUAGGAAGUGUGUCAAUGGCCAGCGCAAUACCACGACUAAGCUGUGUGUCUGUCCCCAAGGAUACACAGGUUCUUUGUGUGAGACCAACCUGUGUAAGAACUACCAAUGUCCAGUUACCCACGAGUGUUUUGUUGACCACAAUAAGUCCCCUGCCUGUCGGUGUAGACCUGGAUACCUCGGCAAAAACUGUGAGAUAAAUUGUAAAGAGCAAUGCCAUAAUGGAGGCAGCUGUUCUUUGAAUGACAAUGGGAAUGUAGUCUGCAGUUGUUCAGAAAAUUACACUGGGGAAAAAUGUGAUACAGAACUAUGUGACGAUGCAAGCUUUUGUAAGAAUGGAGGAACAUGUACUUUCAACCACUACCGUACCAAAAUCUGCAAAUGUGCCCCAGGAUAUACAGGACAUCAAUGUGAACAAAAACAACCCUCCUCUCCAUGUGCAGACCAUUGCAAGAAUAAUGGAAAAUGCACCCUUAGUAACAACCAGCUACAGGACUCUACGCCGGUGUGUGAAUGUCUGCCGGGAUAUAGCGGAGACGUAUGUCAGAACUCUGUCUGUGAUGACAAGGAGUGUGCCAACGGAGGAAGUUGUAUGAUAGAUUCGAAAGGAAGAGCAAAAUGUAACUGUACAAAGUUUUAUACUGGAAAAGAGUGUAAGGACUGUGCCUGUAAAAAUGGAGGGGGCUGUGUCUUAACAGAUAAAACUGUAUCCUGCAGCUGCCCAGCACCAUUCACCGGGCCACUUUGUGAACAGAAAUUACAGAUCCAAGCCACUGAGGGCUCAUCAAGUUCUACCGCAACCAUUGUCGGCAUAAUAAUUGGGCUAGUCCUUCUACUUGUCACCAUCUUGGUCAUCGUCAUCAUCAUCGUCCGAAGGAAGAGACGACCCAGAAACCCCAAAAGUCGAAAUCCUUUCAAGCACCAGAGAAUGAAUGGGAUGGACGUCCCUAACCCUGUGUACAGAGACAGGGACCAUGAUGAGGAGGACCGGGAAAUGAACGCUCACUUUGACCUGGAAGAUCACGAUCAUUUUGCGAAUCCAACAUAUGACCCCCGAUUGUACCAGGCAGAGAGUACCGAUGUUCUUCUUCCAAAGGAGAGUGACCAGGAAAACAACAUCAUCGAGGGCAACGGAAACCUGCGCAUUUAUCGCAAAAAAGACAAAAACAAACCCAAGGGUAAAGGCGUCAAAAAGUGAACGAUGCUGAAGGGGGGCCUUUAUUUGACUGUGUAUAAUUCAGAGCUCUGCUCAGAGACAAAGAGACAGAGCUGUCAUUUUCCUGCUGAUUUUGUUGAUGACAUUAUAAGUUGGAACACUGACUAUUGCCAAAGAGAAAUGUGUGUGCAUGUGCAUUACAAUGAACUCGUGUCCUGCAAUGUGUGGACUAUGUUUUAUAGGUUGUGAAUUUUCAUCAGGGAAUUUAAUCACCAUGUUGUGUAUCCCAUUGGACUUUUUAUUUUUUUUUAUUUCAUUAUAUAUGUGUAUUAUUCUUGUGUUUAGAGUGUGUACAUGAAUUUUUAAUGUUAACUACUUCACAUUUUGGUUUAGUCCACGGUUACAUGGAAUUAUUUGAGAAUUUUGAUACAGGCAUGAUUAUUUUUCAAGUUUCAUGUUGAAAAUUUUUUUUGAAAGACUUAGUUCCCUUUUGUUUGCAUGAAUUAUUUUAUCACAGUUGUGAAACACACAGAGAAAUUAUGUGUUGUACGAGAAAAUUAUAUCGCUUAAUUUUGUACGAGUAUUUUAUUUGAAUUGAGAAUAUUGAAGCUUCCAUGCAGAUUGACAAUCCUGCAUUACAUGUUCUUCAUGUGGUGCUCAGCCAAAUUUUUUAAUUCUGAAACAAGAAUGAAGUAUUUUUACAGUUUAUUAUAUCAUUGAAAUUGACUACUUAAUCAUAUUGUAUAAAUUCUAAAUGACAUGUUUAUGAUUAUGCAAUAUUAUAUGUAAGUAUGGUUGAUUGGAAUGCAUGCUCUCUAUGUAUUGAGGUUUGAGACUGUGUGAACACAAUGUUUGAGGUCCGACUGAUUAGAUAAUUCAUGUUGUUGUGAAUCCAGAGUUUAAUGCAUUGUUUUUAAGAGAUUUUAUUUUUAAUUUAUGCACAUAUGAGUGGGUAUGUAUGUCAUAUCAUAACAUGGUGUCACUUUUGGAAUGGGGUGCCUUUUUUUUUAUUCAUAAAUCAUUUUAGUAUCAGGCAAGGGAGAGAACACUGCUUUGUCCAUAUUCUUCAUGCAUAAAUUGGAACUACUCCUCUCCAGAUUACUGUGGAAUAAUUAGAAUUUGUGGUGGCUCAAUUUUCAUGGUCUUCGUGGGUAGCCCUUCCCCACGAAUUUAUAUCCUCGACAAAAACAAAUUUUGAAAGGUUAGUUUUCUUAUUAAAACUGAACGAUGCAUCCACGAAUUAACAUCCCCAUAAAUAAGCAAAAAACCCACAAUCCACAAAAAUUGACCCCCACUAAUUUAAAUGAUUCCACAGUACCAUGUAUUUUAACUUAUCGUCUGAAACAGUUGUUCCAUACAUAAACAAAUAGCGAACAGUCAUUAUUACAUGGGAUAUAUUUAUAGAUGUCCCAGGACUGAAUGCCCUUGUUAAUAGACACACAGUUGUUAUGAUUGUCGUAAGAAGUGCUUGUAUUUAUCGCUGUUUCAAACGAAGUACCACCGCCUUGUUAACCAUUAAUCAAAAUCACCAUUACAAUCAAACAUUUGUUGCCAAACCAAGGCUCCUGUUGUUGCCAAUACUGUUAACUACCAAACUCUUGUUGUUAAUCCUGUUUCCUAGAUUUCGAAUUCUGACCGUUUCUAUGCAAUACCAAGUAAAGCAUUAUGUUUUGAUGGUGAAGCCUUCAUCAAUCUCAGUAUUUGAAUUUUCUGUUUUGGCCCAGAUGAUGGGAAAGUUUUUUUUCACCCAUCAAAUAAAAACUGAUGGUACAUGCAUCAUGACCGUUCAUUAAAUUACUUGAAUCCGGUGAUAGAGGAUCUGUAAGUAUAUUUUUGCUAGGGGCAGAAUUCUGAGACUUUUCGGAAAUGGCAGAACAAUGGAUAUCCUUAUACAUUCCAAAAAGUUUGAGUUUUUUUAACGGACCAGAAACAGUCAUCUUUUGAAGUAAUUUGUUUUCUUUUCGCUGCUGUAGAUUGUGAUGAUAUUGAAGUGGUUAUAGCUUUAACGUAUUCAGAUAUUGUUUAUACACAGAUUUCUAUUUUGUACGGUUGUUUAUUUUUUCGGCCUAUUGGUCAUACUUAGAAGGUAUACCAGACUACCAAACAUAUCUAGUAUUAUAAAUGUGCUGACAUGCAUCUUUUUACUUUCUUUUGUGUAUAUACUGUCAUUCUAAUGUGAAAACCCUUUUAUUUUAUUUUCAUUGAUUUUGUGUAUAAGUUGAGAAAUGGAAGUUUUUAUCAUGACUGUUGCAAGUUCGCUGAGAUUUUUUUUCCAUGUUUGUUUUCAUGUGUAUUUUUCCCUGAUGUGUUUUAUUUGAGGCAUGGAGACGCCUCCAUGUCUAUAAAGCUUGUUUGUCAUGGUUCUUUAUCAUGCUCCUAUAUGGCAUUUGUUCCUUUUCAUUGUCUGCUGUUGCUAAACAUAUUUGCCCAGUUUUUGUCAUUUUAUUUAAAAUAUACAAAUAUAUAUUAUAUCCAAUGUUAUCUUACAGAUUUAUAGCUGAUACGGCUAUUUUUCUGCAGUACUACAAAUUAUAUGCUUUUUGUUCAGUGCAAAAAAAAAAAAAUUCUAUAAAAGUUUCCUUUGACAAGCACCCAUGCAAUGUUGAUCAAGUGCUUGAUAAAUAUAUGUGUAUUGUUUUCUGUGUAUUCCUAGACUUGUGUAUUUUGUGAUGAUCUGAGAAUUUUGUGUUUAUAUUAGUUACUAAUAAUUCGUAUCAGUUGUAGUGUUGAUAUAGCUGUUCAUUAUUACCUGUAAUCCCAUUUGUGUACAUUCCAUUUAUUUACCUAUGCUUAUCUCUAAGAGAAAUAAAAAAUCAUCAAUAAUGAACUGAAAUAAAAAUGCUCUAGAAUAUGUAA